AUGGCCCUUGCCAUCUCCGAAGCAGGCCACAUCUACAUAGGAUCCGACUCGAAGACGAUAAGGGUGUGGAAACUCCCUGGCUUUGAAGAAUUUGGACGGCUGAAAUCCAGCUAUGGUGGUGUCAGUGCAAUCCUAGUGUCGUCAGAAGAUAGACUGGUGUUCACAUCCCAUUCAGAUAAUAAGGUGAGGAUAUGGAGAAGUAAUCCUAUUCAUAGUCGAAAAGGGACAUUGCCAUCUCUCAAGGACUGUCUGAUUGAAACAUGUAUAAACCGUCCGAUGGCUAUUGUAAUGCGGGCCACUACCAUUUCUUCAAAGUCAAUUACUAGCAAUGCUGCCUACAGACAUAAGCAUGUUGGUGCAAUCACUUGCCUAGCUUAUAAUUCUCUUUCUAAGCUCUUGUAUUCAUCUUCAUGGGACAAGACGGUGAUGGUAUGGAGCAUUUGCGAUAUGAAAUGCGUCGAGACGAUCAUGGCCCACGACGAUCGUGUGAAUGCGGUAGUGGUAGGCCCUGAUGAGCUACUCUUUACUGGGUCCGAUGAUUCAACAGUCAAGAUAUGGAGAAGGAGCUUAGGUGGGGGUUGCUCUCAUGGGCUUGUAUUGAAAUUGCAAUUGCAGUUUUCAGCAGUGAAGAGCUUGGUGAUGAGUGGUGAAGUUGAAGAGAGCUAUAUUUUGUAUGUGGGAUGCUCAGAUGGGCAAGUGCAUUAUUGGAUGAAAGGCGAGCUAUCAGGCCACAUGAACUACUGUGGUUGUCUUAGGGGCCAUAGUGAGGCAGUUUUGUGUUUGGCUGUCAUCGAUCAGAUCGUGAUCAGCGGGUCGGCCGAUACUAGUAUACGCGUGUGGAGGAGAUCGAGCGAUAGAUUGGCAUUUCAUUGUUGCGUGGCGAUCUUGACAGGUCACACUGCACCGGUGAAGGGGGUGGUGGUGAGGAUGGAGGAUUACAGAUGUGUUGUUUAUAGUGGGGACCUUGAUGGGUCAGCAAAGCAAUGGCUGGUGUGGAAGGAGGGUUGUGUGGGUGGUGAUGGUGCUGGUAGAAGUGGUUUUGUAGUCAAUGAUGGUGGUAGCAGCUGGGCUGAUUACUGUGAGAUUUCAAGAUUUUCUGGGUGA